GAAAGGAAAUGAUGGUCUGCCAGAAAAGGUGUGGAGCUGCGACGAAUUGUUAAUACUGUUCUGGUCAUGGAAAAUGCUUGAAUUUUAGUUCAAUGGCUGUUUUCUGAAUAUUAUAUAUAUCAUUUCUUUGUGUUCGUAACACUAUUUUUUAUUUCGUAUUUAUGACUGUUGGAGCACGAUAGCUGGCAGGAAAAGCUGUGCUUAGGCCCAUUGUGAAAAAUGUCGAGUUUGGACGACAUCGACCUGUCUAAUUUGAAGGAGCCUGCAGGCUAUUUUGACCUGGUUGAAGUUGUAGGAAAUGGAACUUAUGGGCAAGUUUACAAGGGAAGGCACAAAAGAACUGGACAGUUGGCAGCCAUCAAGAUUAUGAGUGUUACGGAGGAUGAAGAAGAGGAAAUCAAGCUUGAGAUAAAUGUCUUACGCAAGUAUUCAAAUCAUCUAAAUAUUGCCAGAUACUAUGGCGCUUUUAUCAAGAAAAUGAUGGAAGGGCAAGACGACCAGUUAUGGCUUGUAAUGGAAUUUUGUGGAGCUGGAUCAGUAACAGAUCUUGUUAAAGCAACAAAAACAAAAUCAGUUAAAGAAGACUGGAUCGCAUAUAUUUGUAGAGAAGUUUUGACGGGAGUUCAACAUCUGCAUCAAAAUCACGUCAUACACAGAGAUAUAAAAGGACAGAACAUUUUGCUGACUGAGAAUGCUGAAGUCAAGCUAGUUGAUUUCGGAGUAAGCGCGCAGCUUGAUCGAACAGUAGGGAGAAGAAACACUUUUAUCGGCACGCCGUAUUGGAUGGCACCAGAAGUCAUUGUUUGUGAUGAGCAACCAGAUGCCACAUACGACAACAGGUGUGACAUGUGGUCAGUUGGAAUAACAGCAAUAGAAAUGGCAGAAUCACAGCCUCCUCUUUGUGACAUGCAUCCAAUGAGAGCCCUCUUCCUUAUUCCGAGAAGUGACCCGCCUAAACUAAGAUCAAAGAGAUCCUGGUCAAGAAAAUUUCGUGAUUUCGUCACCGUUUGCCUUAUCAAGGAUUACCUACAAAGGCCUACAGCGGAACAGCUGCUUCAGCAUGACUUUGUUCGUGGCUUCAAACAACAGGAGAGGAAAAUUAGGAUUGAGAUUAAGGAUUUUAUUGACAGAACAAGAAGGCGAAGAGGUGAGCUUGAAGAUGAAUAUGGUCCAUAUGGAAAUGAAGGCGAUGACUUGGAUUUGGCUGCCAUUCUUGUAGACGAAGAGCAGGGUGACACCUUGAUUGAGGGUGCUCCUGGGGCAACGUUACGGCGAAAUCUGACAAUGAUGCAAGGUGGAGAGCCAGCGUCGCCUUCUCCUCGUGAUAAAGAUUUUGAUGCACCACCAUUUGCUGCAAAGAACGAAGAAAGUGAUCAAACUAUCAAAAGAAACAAGAUGGAAGAAUCAAAAUCGUCGCAACUACGCGUUCCAGAAGCGCGGCCGGCGCCAUCGCCAGUACAGCAGCAAGCUCCAAGAGCACAGGCCUCUAGACAACCACCGCCACAGAGUGACAGUAGGCAGAGUGACAGUAGGCAGAGUCACCGGUCUCAUCAAAGAGAACAAACUCCGAGACAGGAGGCAACGCCAAAGUACCAGCCUCCGCAGGAACGUCAACCAGUCAGGCCGCAGCCUGCUCCACAGCCUGCUCCACAGCCUCAGAGGGUGGUACAGCAAGAGGCACAAGACGAUGGGACACUGCGUCGAGACGUGCUGCAGCCACCGGAUUAUGUUGCGCCCCCAUACGAACAUUUCGAUACUUUGAACAGGCUUGUGAGCGAAAUGGAAGCUAUAAACAUGGCUGAGGAUAACACGAUAAAACAGCAAUCGAAACGUCGACAAAAAGACACUGAAGAUUCACAGUCCAUCACAUCUGAUAGCAGCCUUGAGGGUUUGAUGGCUAGGCCUUUGACGAGCAAUUUGCCCGAUGUUCUGCCAAUGCAACAGCAUCAUCUUCAGGCUCGAGGUGUGAGUGCAUCGGUUGGAAACCUCUCCACCGAUUCAUCAUCAUCUACCCAAUCAGAUGACAGAAAAAAGGUUGCCAAGCAAGCAUCAAGAAGGGCUACUACUCCAGAACCCAACAUUUCUGUCAAUGUUUCGCCUGAAAGAGCUUCGGUGGCAAUCGACGAUUCAGCGAUGCCACAAAUAAAAAAGUACAAGUACAAAUUCAGAUCUGACAUUUUAUCAGCCGCUUUAUGGGGAGUUAACCUACUGAUUGGAACGGAUAAUGGGCUUUACCUUCUCGACCGUAGCGGCAACGACAAAGUUUUUCCUCUGAUUUCAAGACGACGUUUUCAUCAAAUAGAUGUUAUCGAGAACUUAAACGUUCUAGUCACGAUUAGCGGCAAGCACAACAAGCUGAGAGUUUAUUACCUUUCUUAUCUAAAGAACAAAAUUGUGAAAGGAGAAGAGUCGGAGAAACAGCGUCAACGACAGUACACAACAGUUGGUGAUUUGCAAGGAUGCACCCACUAUAAACUCGUGAAUUUUCACAGAAUCAAGUUUCUUGCAAUUGCAGUCGAUUUUGCCAUCGAGGUUUACGCAUGGGCCCCAAAACCGUACCACAAGUUCAUGGCAUUUAAGUCCUUCAGAACGCUGAUACAUCGUCCUCUUCUGGUUAAUAUGGCAAUAGAGACAGAUAAUAGCAAGCUUCGAGUUGUAUACGCUUCCGAAAUAGGUUUCCAUGGUGUCGAUCUAGAUUCAGCCUCGGUUUACGACAUUCAUGUUCCGUUACGGGGCGAACCGAUUCGGGCACAUUCCAUUAUACCACUCCCUGGAAGCAACGGGCGUACAAUUUUAUUGUGCUACGAAGACGAGGGGGCCUAUUUCAGUACUGCUGGGAAAAAGGUUAAAGAUGCAACCAUAAGAUGGGGAGAACCGCCUCACUCUGUUGCUCAAGUUGGUUCCAAUCAGAUCAUGGGCUGGGGCGAAAAGGCUAUAGAGGUUCGUAAUCUGCAGACUGGAACGCUUGACAGUGUUUUUAUGCAGAAAAGAAGGCAGAUGUUCCGGUUUUUAUGUGAAAGGAAUGAAAAGGUGUUUUUUGCAUCGACAUCUGGUACUGGCUCUCAAGUGUUCUUCAUGACUUUGAGUUCUGAAUUCAAGAAUUUCGUAUAAAGUGACAGACAGGUUAACACGACUGACGAGAGAAGAAUAGGGAAAGCUUUCCAUUGGUU